GUGCUAUAAGCGUUUAUUUCCCUUUAAACUCAUACUUGAUUUUUGUUUCCUAGCUGAGCCGCUUUAGUUUAAGUGUAAACUCCACUUAAAAUGCUCGGUAUAAAUAGUUUUUUUCAACUACCUCUCUUUCAAUAAAAUGGCUCUGUCCUUUUUUACGCUCGGGAAAUAAAACAGCGGCGGCUUGCAGAGUAAUCUGUUCGGCUCCUGCAUUGGCGGACUCUGGACUUUAUUCUGACUCGGUCCAAAGUUCAGAGUUUUGUAGGUACUAAUCGAUAAAUAGCGGCCAAUAAAAUGAGCCUCUGUCAAAUGUAAACACAGCGAGCCGGGUUGACAUCGGCGCGGCUCCUCCAACGCGCUCUCGUCAGCCUCGCUAUAUUUGCAUAUUGCUAAGCCUUUUUUCUCCCCCCACUAAGACUUCCCGCCGAUUUGCAUAUUCUUAUAUUCUCUCCCCAAAGAAUGAUCAUGGCAGUUUAGUGCUCCACGAAGCGGCCUCUCUGGAUUUUUCUUUUUCAAGAUUAGCUGCUUCUGCAAGAAAUAUUUUUUCAUGUUCAGGGGACAAGUGGUUGCAGAGGAUCCCAUUGGUCUGCGCGCAAAUAUAUUUUCUAAAAAGUCUGAUUUAUUUAAAAGAUGGUGUCGAAAUUGACAUCCCUCCAACAGGAGCUUUUGAGCGCUUUGCUCAGCUCCGGUGUCUCCAAAGAUGUUUUGAUUCAGGCGCUGGAAGACCUGGAACCCUCGCCAAGUUUCGAGGUGAAGUUGGAGAACUUGCCCGCGUCCCCGCUCAAGAUAAACGGGCCGGGCUCGGAGGCUAAAGCCGUGUUCCACACGCUGACCAACGGCCACGGCAAAGGCAAGCUGUCCGGCGACGAGGGCUCGGAAGACGGCGAGGAGUAUGACACACCUCAGAUCAUCAAAGAGCUGGAGUCGCUCAACACGGAGGAAGCGGCGGAACAGAGAGCCGAAGUGGACAGAAUGUUGAGGGAAGACCCGUGGCGGGCGGCGAAGAUGAUUAAAGGCUACAUGCAGCAACAUAACAUCCCACAGCGGGAAGUGGUGGACGUGACCGGCCUCAAUCAGAGUCACCUAUCGCAGCACCUCAACAAGGGAACCCCCAUGAAGAACCAGAAGCGGGCGGCCCUCUACACCUGGUACAUCAGGAAACAGCAGGAGAUCCAGCGACAAUUCAACCAGACUAUCCAGAAUACUGGAAACAAUAUGACAGACAAAAGCAGGCCAGAUCAGCUGCUGUUUCUCUUUCCAGAGUUCAAUCAGCAAGACCAGGCCUCGGGGCAGGCUGAGGAGGUGGGAACUGAACCUGCCAACAAGAAGAUGCGUCGCAACAGGUUUAAAUGGGGGCCAGCAUCCCAACAAAUUUUAUACCAGGCUUAUGAAAGGCAGAAGAAUCCCAGCAAGGAGGAGCGCGAGGCAUUAGUGGAGGAAUGCAACAGAGCUGAAUGUAUACAGCGUGGCGUAUCGCCUUCCAAAGCGCAGGGAUUGGGAUCCAAUCUGGUUACGGAGGUGAGAGUGUACAACUGGUUUGCCAACCGAAGGAAGGAGGAGGCGUUCCGGCAGAAGCUAGCUAUGGAUGCGUACAGUGUUCAAACACACAGCAUGAAUCCGCUGUUAUCGCACAGCUCUCCGCACCACCCGCCCAACUCCUCGCCCUCAAGUAAGCACGGCCACCCGCUGCCCGGCAUCUUCCUUCAUGAAGGAAGUCAAGGUGCUCUUGGCUAUGAUCAUCUCCACAACCAUCAGUGCCCCACCAUGGCCAGCUGGCAGGAGAUGCUGUUCAGUCAGGGAGUUCGAUACGGCCAGCAAGGUGCCAACGAGGCCCCCUCUUCCACGGCAAUCAGUCACCACGGCAACAGCGCCAUGGUGACGAGCCAAACGGUGCUGCAGCAGGUCUCGCCGGCAAACCUGGACCCGGGCCACAAUCUGCUGUCGCCCGACGGUAAGAUGAUAACGGCUGUAGGCGGAGCCCUGCCUCCUGUGAGCACCUUGACAAACAUCCACAGCCUGUCCCAGACGCAACAUCACAACCACCAACAAACGCAAAACCUCAUCAUCAACCCGCUCUCUGGAGUCAUGGCAAUCGCACAGAGUAUAAGCACAUCGCAAGGGCAGAGUGUGCCUGUGAUCAACAGCGUGACGGCGGGCAGCUUGGCAGCGUUGCAGCCGGUACAGUUCUCCCAGCCGCUACACAGUCCGCACCAGCAGCCCAUCAUGCAGCAAGCGCAGGCUCAUCUGUCACAGCAACCCUUCAUGGCCACCGUCACACAGCUACAAAACUCACACAUGUACGCACACAAGCCCGACCCUCCUCAGUAUUCCCACACCGCACGGUUCCCAUCGACAAUGGUGGUGGCGGACACAGGAAGUAUCAGUGCGCUAGCGAGCAUGUCCUCCAGCAAACAGUGCCCGCUACAAGCCUGGUGAGUCUCCGCACCCUCCCAGUCCGCUAAUCGGGAGAAAAAAACAACAACAACGUUCAAAAAAACAAAACGGUUUUUCACAACAGCUCUCUGGAAUCCACGGCGACCCGGAGAGAUACUCACCGAGAGAGCCAGUAGACAGAGCACAGCAAGCCCAGCCUCCGCAGUGACUCAUCCCUCCGCACACUGACGGAGAACAAGGCGACACAAACUAGAGUUUAAAGUACCUUCUAGGGCAGCCUUGUCCCGUCGACCAAAAAGCACCCUGUUUCAGAUCAGGACACGGUUUGCACAGGUCAACCAUGAGAACAAAAAAGUUUCAAAAGUUUCAACAACAAAAAAAAUUUGAUUUCUCUUUUGUCAAAUGAAAGGAUACAAAAAAAUUUGCAGAGAAACACUGUUUAUCUGUUACUGGAAGAUUGUAGGACUAAGUCAAAAACUUUGGUUAAAUCAGAAACUGUGAACUUUAAAUGAAGACGGAUCACAGUGAAAUGCUAAAGGUGGAAGUGUGCAGAAGAAUCUUCAUUGUUCUGAUCAACAUUCCAAGUUUCCAAGAUUGCCAAUGAGGAAAACAGAAUCAACCAACUGGAUCUCAAAUGUGUGAACUGUACCGACACCUUCUGAAGUUUUGGAGAGUCAGACUGACGUACCUGGGACCACAGUUCAAUGUAAUACCCGCGUCUCAGUUUGGUCGCAAUGAAUUGACUCAAAGAGGAAUCCAUUUGACCGGGGACUUGGUGGCAUCGAACUUCACCAUUUGAAUUCUUUAGGGCGAUGCAAUGCCCGUUGAGGAUUUGCAAUGAAAGCAAUCAAUUAGAGAUUGUAGCUUCAUCCUGACUUGAUUAUUCCAGAUUACGUUUCUUCAUAAAUGGCGAGUGUUUCCAAUUUUAAUAUAUGUGAAAUUUGGAUGGGGAGGUGGACAGUGUUGAGGGCAGUGCAGUGUUGGGAAGUGUAGAUUUCCACACCUGGAGGUCAGUCCCUGCCUGCGUGAUAUGUAGUGUCCAAGCCUCGACUCCAAUGCAUUUCCAUUCACCAGUGGUCGAGAAUUACAUCAGUUGCUUGCGCCGCCCCUAAUGGUGUGGCUCUUAACAUUUCAUUAUGUUCCAAGUGUACUUGCAUCUCCUUGCCUUGACUCCCAACAUCAGCCAGCGUAAAGUCCAACCCAGACGGAUGGAUCGAGUCACCUCUAUGUGCUUCCAAAGCCAUUUAAAUGCAUUUUAAUCUGACAUUUGCCAGGUCAUGGACACAAAAUGCUGGAGUAACUCCACGGGACAGGCAGCUUCAUCUGGAGAGAAGGAAUGGGUGACGAUUCGGGUCGAGACCCUUCUUUGGACUCCCCUUCAGACUCCCUUCAGACUCUGAAGAAGGGUCUUGACCCGAAACGUCACCCCUUCAUUCUAUCCAGAGAUGCUGCCUGUCCCGCUGAGUUACUCCAGCAUUUUGCGUCUCUCUUCGGUGUAAACCAGCAUCUGCAGUUCCUUCCGAGGGUCAUACAUUGGUGGGAUUGGUGGGACUUUUUCUCUCUGAAAAGGGGCGGCACGGUGGCCCUGGCGGUAGAGUCACUGCCUUUCCGCCACAGAGACCCGGGUUUGAUCCUGACUACAAACAUUGUCUGUAUGGAGUUUAUACUUUCUCCCUGUGACCACGUGGGUUUUCUCCUGGUGCUCCGGUUUCCUUCCACACUCUUAAGACGUAUAGGUUUGUAAGUUAUUGGCUUUGAUAAACAUUGUAGAACUGUCUCUAGUGUGUAGAGUAGUACUGGUGUACGGUGUGAUUACUGGUCGGCACGGACUCCAGGGGACAAACGGCCUGGAUCUAUAAAGUCUAAAGUCUAAAAGUCUAAAUGAUUCUCGAUUCAAUCAACUAUUUUUUCUCCAGUAUCAUCGAUGCUGUUAAACAUAAUUGCCCAGCCUUUAUUUAAAUCAAUUUCAACAUCUGUGGGGUGGCUGUCAAGUGAAUCAAAGCAGUGGCUGAUCCUUGAAUCCAGAUGUUGUAAUGCAGAUGUGGCAGGACUUGGUGGUAUUGAGGUUGGACCCAGCCUGAAAUUUCCUUUCAAUCUAUGAAGUAAUUAGUGGUGCAAUGUAGUGGAAUCAGUGCUCCAGACUUUAUUUCCAAAAUCUGGUUUAGUGGGCUCCAACGGAAGUGGAGGACGGUGUAAAUAAUUGCCUUUUUAUUGCCUUUUAUCCUUCUAUCAGCCCGACCUCCUCCAGUUACAUUCAGCUUGAAAACUGCACAAAGAAGAUGAUUUAGUUUAGUUUAGACAUACAAGGUGGCAACAAACCCAUCAGCCCACCGGGUCCACGUCGACCAGCGAUCCCCGCACAUCAACACUAUCUCACACACACUAGGGACAAAUACAUUUUUUUUACCAAAGCCAAUUGAUCUACAAACCCACGGGACUUCGGGAUGUGGGAGGAAACCAGAGCACCCGGACAAAACCCACGCAGGUCACGGGGAGAACGUACACACUCCAUACAGACAGCACCCGUAGUCAGGAUCGAACCCUGAACGGGUCGAAGGCAGCAACUUUGAUGCACAGAGUCUCUUGCCCAGAGUAGGGAAAUCGGGAACCAGAGGACAUAGGUUCAAGGAGAAGGGGAAAAGAUUGAAUAGGAAUCCAAUGGGUAGCCCUUUCACACAAAGGGUGGUGGGACAAGCUGCCAGAGGAGGUAGUUGAGGUUGGGACUAUCCCAUCAUUAAAGAAACAGUUCGACAGGUACAGCGAUAGGACAGGUUUGGACAGACAUGGACCAGGCGCAGGCAGGUGGGACUAGUGUAGCUGGGACAUUGUUGGCCAAGUAUGGGCAAGUUGGGCCGAAGGGCCUGUUUCCACGCUGUAUCACUCUGUGACUACGAUUCUACCGCCGCACCACCGUGCUGCCCCAUGAUUCAUAAUUGUCCAUGUGUAAUCUUCUCACCAAUAUAUAAACAGUAAACAAGUACUGUCAAUCCUUCACUGGCAUGCCUAGCAUUCCUUCCAAUUCACAACUCUCUAGUACACUCUACCGUUUCCAUCAGGCAGCUUUGUUGAGCUGUGUUGUGCUGGCUCUGUGCGUUUAAUGGCCUAUGGGGAAACAUCCCAUGCUACCGAACGGAGAAAUUAAGAGUAUAGAUUAAGCGCAAGGGUAUCUCCUAUUGUAUGAAUAGAUGAGCCGGGAGAGGGACUGCACACAUACUCAGUAAUAUUUGAAAUCUAUUGCCUGUGGCCUGAAGAAGUCUCGACCCGAAACAUCACCCAUUCCAUCUCUCCAGGGAUGCUGCCUGUCCCGCUGAGUUACUCCAGCGUUUUGUGCCUAUCUAUUGAGUGAUACAAUUUCCCCUGAGAUUAAACUUUCACCGUAAGAGAUGUAACAGUUUAGGGCAGUGAAGUGUUGAGUGUUUAGAGUUUAGAGAUAUAGCAUGGGAACAGGCCCUUCAGCCCACCGAAUCCAUGCCGACCAUCGAUCGCCCGUUCUCACUAGUUCUAUGUUAUCCCUCUUCUUCGUACACUCCCUACACACUAGGGGCAAUUAACCUACAAACCUGCAUGUCUUUGGGAAGUGGGAAGAAACCGGAGCACCCGAAGAAAACCCAUGUGAACUCCAUACAGACAAUACCCGGGGUCAGUAUCGAACCUGGGUCUCUGGCACUGUGAGAUAGCAGCUCAAACAGAUUGAGGCACCUUUGGGGAACAAGCAUGAGGCAAUUACACAACACAGAGAUGAUAUAUAUAGUUACAUUAGAUACUGCCUGACCCGUUGAGUUACUCCAGCAUUUUGUGUCUAUCUUUGGGAUAAACCUGCAUCUGCAGUUCCUUUUUAUUACAUUGAUGAUGAUAGAAUGUUUAUAGGAUAUAAGCUUCCAAUUACCAAAUAACUCUGAUCGUCUAAUUCUAUUCCAGUUAUUUGGAAUGAUUGGGUCUGUGGAUUAUGCAUCUUGAAUAAAUCAGAUUCUAUUUUAAAUGCAAAAAAUGGAUUCUCCAUAAUUUUAACUGGCUUUUUGUGAUCAUAUAUUGUGCAUAUUUUCCAUCAAGAUCAGUUGCAUUGCACAUCUCUGACAAAUAAUGGUUACAGGACGACAGUUGUUUAAAUAAUAUGACUGAAAAGAUUAGCUUCUUCAGACUGGAACUGACUAGUUAGAUUAAAUAUAGCUAGUUAAUCAAAUGUAAUGCCCCGACUGUGCAAUGUUAUUUGCAGAAAGGGAGCAAAUGUUCUUUGCACUAUGUUCAUCUUCAUUCCUGUACUCACUACAUUCCAAGAGCAAUCUAUCCAGCAUCUCCAAGUGCUUUAAAUGCUUUAAACAUACACAUACUGUUGUAUUGAUCUUCUCUUUCAGGUGUAUUGAUCAUAACAAGAAUUCAUUGGCGAUGGUCAGAGUUGAGUUUAAUUUAGUUUAGAGAUACAGCGCGGAAACAGGCCCUUCGGCCCAGCGGGCCCGCACCGGCCAGCGAUCCCCGAACAUUAACUCUAUCCUACACACACCAAGGACCAGAGAUGCUGCCUGACCCGCUGAGUUACUCCAGCAUCUCGGGUCUAUCUUCGGUGUAAACCAGCAUCUGCAGUCCCUUCCUACACAUUUCACUGUCAUCUUGAUUGAGAAGUUGUAUUGUGCCAGAAGGGAAACAAAAAGGAUAAUUGCACUUCCUACAGUUAUCGGGAGGAUAUACCUUUGACGAUCCAAUACUCUGGAGUCCAUAAUGAGUUCCUGUUCACAAUCCAUUGCUCUCUAUAAUGCACCAGAUUGUUCGGCAGUUCAUUGGGUUGAACGAUGUUAUGACGACCCUGCAUUUCUGUAGCACCUUUCGCAACCUUAGGACAUCCCAAAAUGCUUCACAGCCAAUGAGGUAUCUUGGGAUCCAAUUUGCAUCCAGUUUUCAGAUUAAGCAGCAAAUGCACCUAUUUCAAGCACUGUAUGAUCCCAUAGUAACCUGGGACCAAGUGACUUGUUCAGUCGGACACGAGGUGAUGACAAUGGCACCGCUAGUCAUGUUUUAUCCUGUGGCCUAAGAUGCCCAACAAAUUACUCCGCUAAUUCGAUCCAGUCGCACGUUGACAUUUGUUAUUAGUUUAGUUCAGUUUGGUUUAGAGGUACAGUGCAGAAACAGGCCCUUUGGCGAUUUUUACAUUUACCGCCAACUAACCUACAAACCUGUACAUUUUUGGAGUGUGGGAGGAAACCGAAGAUCUCGGAGAAAACUCACGCAGGUCACGGAGAAUACCCGCGCAUACGUACAAACUGCGUACAGACAGCACAUGUAGACGGGAUGGAACCCGGGUCUCCGGCGCUGCACCACCGUGCUUCAU